UUAGCCAGUCAGUUUUUCUGUCCAAUCUCGCUACUCUUUGCACUUUCAAUUCAAGGGGAAUUCUGCUUCAUCAAGUAGAAGAGAUGGAAAGCUUUGAGAUAGAACAAAGCUAUGAAGAAGAUGAGCGUGUGGCUGCAGAGAAGCACAUGGAUCCUGGAUUGUAUCUUGCAGCCAUAAAUGGCGAUCUUUAUCCCUUCAAAAGAAUUCUCAAUGGAAUUUCAACAAGAGAUCCCAAAGAUGAUAUUUUGUCUAGCUUAAACCCUGUUGGAAACACAUUUCUUCAUGUAGCAGCCAAACAUGGAAAGCAAGAUAUAGUGAAAUCCAUAGCCACCGCAAAACCAUCACUUGUCUUGGCAAAGAAUUUCAAUGGAGAGACUGUGUUGCAUCUCGCAGCAAAACACGGAGAUGAACUAAUGGUAAAAGCCCUUCUGGAAAUUCUCUCUCAUAAUGAGACAGAGAAGCAUGAUCUGCUAAUGGCAGAGAAUGAGAUGGGAAACACAGCCUUGGAUCAAGCAUUGAUCAGUGGUAGGGAAUCAAUUGCUAGUUAUUUGAUCCAGCAAGAUUAUGAGCUAUCAUAUCACCUAAACAAGCAUGGAGAAUCUGCCCUUUAUUUGGCAGCUAAAGCUGGUUUUGUAGAGUGUGUCUCUUCUAUUCUUGCACAGUGCACAGAUGAGAACCGCCUAAAUCUGCUUUUCAAGAAUAAAUCUCCCUUUCAAGCAGCAAUUGAGAGGAAUAACAUAGUUGUUUUAGAAGCAAUAAUCAACGCUAAGCCGGGAUUAAUCCAAAUGAGAGACAAUGAAGGAAGAAAUCCUCUUCAUUUUGCUGCAUCUUUGGGUCACCUAAAAGGUGCACAUUACCUGCUACAAAACUAUCAUUUCAAUGCAACUAGAAGAGACAAAAGAGGUGGACUACCUAUUCAUUUGGCAGCACUUGAAGGCCAUGCUGACAUCAUCCGCAUUUUGCUUAACAAUUUCCCUGAAGCAGAUGCGCUGCUCGAUAUGUCUGGUUGUAAUAUUCUACAUAUUGCUGCUCAGAGUGGAAGAUAUAAUGUGUUCCAUUUUAUUCUGAAGAAUCCGAAAUUCAAAUCGCUCAUAAACAUGAAAGAUAAAUUCGGAAACACGCCCCUACAUACCGCCUGCAACAAUUAUCAUCCUAAGAUAGUCAGUACCUUAACCAGGGACAAGAGGGUCGACAUUUCAGCAGUCAACAACAAGGGAAUGACAGCUCUUGAUGUUUCUUAUGCAAAUAAUUCAGAUAAUAUUCCACUUAGGCAGCGUUUGACCUGGGCUGCACUAAAAGCUGCAUCUGUUCCUCAACAUUUCUCCAACAGAGAAGAUUCAGCUGCUAAAACGGCAAAUGCCCACGCGAAUGGAAGAGUAAACACUCUCUUGGUUGUGGCAACUCUUGUCGCCACAGUAACUUUUGCAGCUGGUUUCACCAUGCCCGGUGGCUACAGCUCUGAAAACGGCACUGAUUUGGGCAUGGCGACGAUGUGGAGACACACGGUAUUCCACAUUUUUGUUAUAUGCGACACUAUAGCCAUGUAUACUACUUCAUUCGUCGUUGUCACAGCUCUCAUCUGGGCUAAGUUAGGUGAUAACACUUUAGUCCUCAUUGCCCUCGACCUUGUGGCACCUUUGCUCGGGUUUGCUCUGAUCAUGAUGUCCAUGGCUUUCACAGCUGGAGUUGUCACAGUUGUUACCAAACUUAGGUGGCUCCAAAUUGCUUUGUUUGCCAUGGGCGUGGUGGGUAUAUCUUUCAUCGCCUUAUUGCUUAUACUUCUGCUUCCUUUGUGUGCAUCACUCACUUCAAGGUGUCGGAUGCUACGAUAUCUUUCUUACUACCCAUUUCACUUGCUCGUACUCCUUAGCUACUUUACAGAGAAAUCACUGAAAUCUGAAGCACCGCCUAUUCCACAUUGUGACACCUCUGGUGUUUGAAGAUCCAUUGCCGUCUGACUAUUAUUUCAAUGUGAUGUCUUGCUAUUAUGAUGGAUGAUUGAUGGUGGUAUUUCUAUGUGAAAUUAAAAUUUUAAGCCUUGCAUGUGUUGGUGUUGCUGAUUUUUAUUCUUGUGGUGUUUUGUAGGAUUGUUUGGUGUGAGGAUUCCACUUUGAUUCAGAUAAUUGUGCUAGAAAACUUUAUGUUCUUAUAUAGCUGUUUUGGAAAUUAAAGAGUUUGAAUCUUA